UCUCUCUCCCAGAAAGAAAGACAAAGUUCACAAAAUGAACAUGAUCUUCAUCUUCUUUUUCAGGUAGAAUUAUCUUCUCUCUCUCUCUUCUCCCUCACACACAGACUCAAUUCUCUAUGUUUACAUCGUUUCAUCUUCAAUUGCAUCUCAAGUGUUCAACUAGAAACAUCUCAGGCCUUUGGUUAUAUUUGUUUCUUUUUCUUUCCCAACAAUUGGUCAUCUUUCGGUCAUCAUAUUCUCAUCCGUUCUUCUCAAUAUUUCAUCAUUUCUUUGACUUUUUUUUUCUCCAUUUUUCCUCCAACUCUUUUCAUCUUAUAAUAUUUCCAGUGUUCUUAUUUUCUGUUAACAUCCUUUGACUCUCUCUCAUUUGAAUCAUCCCAUUUGAUUUUCUCUCUCUUCUCGCCUGACUCAUCAACAUCAUUAAGAUCAUUAGAUUUGUUGAUUGUUUGCUUAAUUUGAUUGUUUUCUCAACCUCUGACUUACUCGCCAUCAAAAAAAAAGAAAAACAAAAGAAAUUGAAAAUUUUCUCUUUUCUUUUUUCAUAUCAACCCCUUCAUUCACGUGUUGCUUUUGUUUUUGUUUUCACUUCAUCUUUGUGUUCAACUUUUAAUCUAAUCCCAGGUAAUCACUGUGUUAAUUGUUUGUUCGUGUAUUUAAUUUCUUCAAUCUAAUUAGUUAAUCAUGGAUAAUGAAACACUUCGUAAAUAUGAGAUUGAAGCUCUUUCAGCCAUUUAUGGAGAUGAUCUGAUGCUGGAAGAGGAGGAAAGUCAUGGUUUCUCCGUUACUCUAACUCAUCCCGAGGAAAAUGAGAAAACAAUUAAACUUGAUAUUAGAUUUUCUCUUGAUUAUCCUCUUAAUGGUCCACCUUAUUAUACUCUAAGUGCUCCAUGGAUGUCACGUAAUCUCAAAAGUAGAUUAGUUGGUGAAUUAAAUACAAUUUACUUGGACAAUCAAGGUGAAUCCAUAUUGUAUAUGUGGAUUGAAAAAGCUCGUGAAUAUUUUGAUAAAGAUGAAAACGUUGAUUCAAUUAACGGUUCAACUAAUGAAACAACCGGUGGAAAUUCAAUCACCCCUGAUAACAAUUGUGAUGAACAAUUAACACCUUCUUUACAUGGUAAUAAAUAUCAACACUGUUCAGGUAAACUGAAUGAAGAUAUUGAUGAAGGAGGUGAUGGAGGAGGCGGUGGAGAUGAAAAUGAUGAAAAUGCUGAAUAUAAAUACGAGGAGUUUGAUUAUCAUCAUUAUCAUCAUCAUAAAGAUCACAAUGGAGUCGCUAAUGAUAUUAAAUUUGUCCAUGGAGAGCCAAUUGUUGAUCGUCGAAGUGUUUUCCAAGCUCAUAUCUGUCCGGUUGAUUGUAUUGUCCAAGUUCAAUCAGCUUUGGUCACUUUGAAGGCGAACAAGAAAAUAGACAAUGCAACUCAUAAUAUUGUCGCUUAUCGUAUAGCCGGAGGCGGGGGUGGCAGUGGCGGUGGAUCAUCUCAUCACACUUUCAUUCAGGAUUUUGAUGAUGACGGUGAAACUGCCGCCGGUGCCCGUUUACUUCAUCUUCUUCAAAUUUUGGAUGUUAAAAAUGUCCUCGUUGUGGUAAGUCGUUGGUACGGCGGAGUGAAUCUUGGAGCCGAUCGAUUCAAGCACAUAAACAAUGUCGCUCGCGAUUUACUCGUUAAAUGUGGUUACAUUGAGGCCGCUGUCCAAGAGAAAUCAAAUUCAAAUCGAAAGAAAAAAUCUAAAUAACAAUUAACUUUCAAUGAUUCUCGUUCAACAAUUGGCUUUAAUUAUUGAGAAUCAUUUUUUCAUCUCUCUCUCUCUUUCAUCAUCAAUUUUUUUACUAAUUAUAUAUUAAUCUCUAGCAAUUAAUUUCUUCAAACUAAUCAACGUCUCAUAUAAUUCAUUCAACUUAUUAUUAUCAUCUGUCCAAAUUAAUACAAUCAAUUCAAUUACCUCAAAGUUUCUUGUAUAUUGAUAGUUUCGCCACUAAUUGUAACAAUUUGAUCCAUAGAUCGAUUAGUUCAUUAAUCGAAAUCAAAUUGAUUUCUCCUUAAUUGUCGACUGAUGAUUUCUAUCUUUUCGUCAAUCCUUAUAAUCAUUUUCUCUUGGGUAAACAAUUAAUUAAAGUCUCUCUCUCUUUAAUUCUUAAUCAUUUUGAGAUUAGUAAAUGUACUCAAAUGUUUAAUUUGAAUUACUUUUCUCAUCUCAAGAAAUUAACUAAUAAUUCAUCUUGAUCAUUUCCCUCUCACGAUUUAGAUUUAUUUAUAAUCUAAUUACUUUUUUAUAUAUCCUUUUAAUAUUGGGACCUUAAUUUUGAUAAUUUAAAAUCAAACAAUUAACAUUAAUCACUUUGAAUUAUCAUUUCAAAUGAUUGAUCUCAAAAUAAAACCUUUCAUUAAAUUGUAACAAUCUGAUUAAUCUCAAGACAACAAAGCAUUUCUUAAUCUCUGCCAUUUUUUAAACUAAGAAAACAAU